AUGAUGCGACGGCCGCCUCCCGAUAUUCGCGACACAUACUCGUUGCUUGUGCUCAACAUCACCUUCCGCACAACCAGCGAUGAACUCUUGCCCAUGUUCUCGCGCUACGGCGAGGUGGUCGAUGUCUUCAUUCCCAGGGACAAGAGGACCGGCACGUCGCGCGGCUUCGCCUUCGUGCGCUUCAAGCGCGAGGACGACGCCGCCAGAGCCGUUGAGAAGCUCGACGGUCGCACGGUGGACGGUAGGGAGAUCAUGGUGAAAUUCGCCAAGUACGGCCGCAACGAGGAGAUCAUUGAGAAAGGGCUUAUCAAGGACAUCGGCAAUCCGCCUCCCCCUGGUCCGCCGCCUUAUGUCAGGCGAGGAUACGAUGACCGUCCCUACCCGCCCCGCCCAUACCACGACACCCGCGGCCCUCCUAUGGACUACCGGGGCGGGGGGGGAGGCAUGGAUUACCGCGGUGGCGGCGGUGGUGGGGGGGUAGGGGACUACCGCCGCAGUGGUUAUAGAGGGGGGGGAUUCGACGUUGGGGGGUACCGUGGGGGUGGAGGUGAUUAUAGGGGGCGGGGCGAGUAUCGGGGAGGUGAGGAACGGUGCUGGCAUGUGGAGGAGCGGUGCCGGCAGGUGAGGAGUGGUGCUGGCAGGCCAGCCAAGAAGGCCCGCGCAGAGGAUGACGAUGACGAUUAUGUCAAGCGGGAGGAGGAGGAUGUGGACGAGGCAGCAGCAGCGCAGGACAGUGUGUUUGACCACGAUCACGAGGGCCUCGACGACUAG